AUGGCCAGUCCAAAGGUUCUUGUCAUUGGCGGUGGUGUCGCCGGGGCCGUCCUAGCUCUUAUACUCAAGGAGAAAGGUUACAGCCCCAUUGUCUUUGAGAAACACAGUAUGAUAGGUGAAGUCGGUGCCACACUCAGUCUUAUGCCCAAUGGUAUCCACGUACUCGGUCUCCCUUCCGUGGCGGUCGCCGACUGGAUUUACGCCACAGCAGAAGGUCUGAAGGUGUUUCAGGAAUUCAAGGCCGACGGCACGCUUCUCGGCCAGUCAGACCUUCCCAGCUCGUACAAAGCUAAGUACGACUAUGAGGCCUGUGGGAUUUCACGCACGGCACUCAGCAAAAGGCUGAGUGAGCGUCUACAUGAGGAGAACAUAGAGCUCCGCGAGCACUGGUCCCUGACUGGGUUCUCCGAGAACGAUUCCGGGGCUACAGCGUUCUUCUCUAAUGGCGAGACGGUAUCGGGAGAAUUCAUCCUCGGUUGCGACGGUCUUCACUCUAGUACCCGCGCUGCUCUAUUGAAAACCAAAGGACUUGACCCUGAACAUCCUCCAGCUACCUACACCGGCAUGACCCAAACCGCGGGCAUUACUCGCACACCCGAGAAGAUCGCCGCCAUGGGACCUGGGUUGCGGAACUGGUAUGGCGAUGCCAUUCAUGUCGUCUCCUACACCAUCAACGCCAGCCACAGCUCCUGGGCCAUUACCCGAGCCGAGGAGGAGGGCACCAAGGAAUCGUGGCAUCUCUACAAUUCAAACGAGCGAGAGGCUGCGCAAAGAAGCCUUUUAGCAUCGUCAGGUCCGGGAGGCGUGGCGCAGUUUGAGCCUUGUGUCCAGGAGAUGUUCGCGACCGCGGAGAGGCUGGUGAAAUUUGGUCUGUAUGACCGCGACGAGCUCGCUCCGCAGCUCUGGCAUGGUAGGCGUGUGGUGUUGGUCGGAGACGCCGCUCAUCCAACGAGCCCGCAUUUAGGUCAGGGCGCCAAUCAGGCUUUGGAGGAUUGCUACCGGUUAGGCAGCGCUUUGCCAGACAUCGGUUCAGACGGUAAAUUUGACAUUGACACUUUGGAGGGAAUUUUUGCAGCAUUUUCCCAAGAACGAGGACCACGCACAGCAGCCUUGGUCCGGGCAGCGAGACAUAACGGUCGACUUCGUGUUGUUACAACUGGACAGGAAGAUUGUGAAAAGAGGGACCGGCAUAUUAUUGAGACAUGGUCAGACCCGGCAAAAAUAGCCGCUAAGUUCAAAUUUCAAAUACCUGGACGGUGGCAUUGA